AUGCUGAUCGGGGAUAAGGCAUGGUGGAGGCUUGCAGGAGCUGCAGGAGGAGGAGCUAUUCUUCUUCUCCUGCUAACCAUCACAAGUAACCGUCCGAACCGUUUGCACCAUCUGCAAUCUCUGAAGCGAAAUGCUUUGAAUGAACUUCAAGAUGCUCUGUCGACUGGUGAAGUCGUGAACUUCUUUAUGAAGAGUCAAACAAACGGAACCACGGUCUCCAUCGAUUUUGCUUCUGCUAUUCGAGUUCUUCUUCUUCAAAUGCCUCUAACAGCUCAGAUCCAUAUUUUCAUUCCAAAGGAAGUUGCUUUCGAGUGCGGAGGACAAGAUAACGCAGAUACUUGCGUCACCUUGGUAGAAUCCUGCACAGAUAAGGCUGACGCAUAUCUUUCUGCUGUCUACAAGAAUGAUCCGUUCCGGGCGACUGAGCUGCGAAAGGACUUGAAUUGCCAAUGCUUUGUCAGCAACGGUUGCUCUCCAUCAUGUAACGUAGCGCUCUACAUGGUAUGGGCCACUGGGACUGGUGUUCAGUGUCCUGCGAGACCCCCAGUGUACUUGGAGUCGAUCGGGGCCUUCCAGUACGGCGACCCCAUGGUAUCCAAUGUGAUGCCGUCGGACAUCAGCUACGAUUAUUUCCCUGAAUAUCCCAACCCUGCUGGCCAUGUCUUUGAUGUGUCUGGGGUUCGUGAGCAGUAUAGAAAGGAUCCCCGGACGUCUUAUCGGUAUCCUUCCAGCUACAAAUACUACCCUUGGUAUUACUACGAUGAGGACAUUUACAGUCCAAGCUACUGGUCAUACGGCUAUCCUGCCUCUACUGACCCCCUUCUUGAUUACGACCAGAUGACUGUGCCAUCUUCUGGGAACUAUUUCUACGACCCGUACUCUGGCCGUGUAUAUAUGUAUUGA